GCGGUGAGGAGCGCGUAGGCAGCACCGGCAGCACCGGGGAUCGGGAGAAGCCGCAGCGAUGUCGGAACGGAAAGUGUUGAACAAAUAUUACCCCCCGGACUUCGAUCCGGCCAAGAUCCCGAAGCUGAAGCUGCCCAAGGACCGGCAGUACGUGGUGAGGCUCAUGGCCCCCUUCAACAUGAGGUGCAAGACGUGUGGGGAGUACAUCUACAAGGGCAAGAAGUUCAACGCCCGCAAGGAGACGGUGCAGAACGAGUCCUACCUGGGGCUGCCCAUCUUCCGCUUCUACAUCAAGUGCACUCGGUGCCUGGCCGAGAUCACAUUCAAGACAGACCCUGAGAACACAGAUUACACCAUGGAGCACGGAGCCACCAGGAACUUCCAGGCAGAGAAGCUCCUGGAGGAGGAGGAGAAGAGGAUGCAGAAGGAGAGGGAGGAGGAGGAGCUCAACAAUCCCAUGAAGGUCCUGGAGAACCGGACCAAGGACUCCAAGCUGGAGAUGGAGGUCCUGGAGAACCUGCAGGAGCUGAAGGAGCUCAACCAGCGGCAGGCCAACGUGGACUUUGAGGCCAUGCUGAAGCAGUACAAGGAGCUGGAGGAGGAGCAGAGGCGCAGGGAGCAGGAGGAGGACGAGCAGGAGAUGAACAGGGCCAUGCUGGAGCAGGCCCAGAACCGGCGGCUCCUGGAGGAUUCCGACUCUGACGAGGAACCGACCAAACCCCGCCCCAACCCCACGGCCCAGAGCAAACCCACGGACAUCCUGCAGGAGGACCCCCAGCCCCAGAGCAAGAAGCCCAGGAUGGAGAGCUGGGAGCGCAGCGUGGGCAAGCUCAGCACCAAGGCCCAGCUGGCAGGGCUGGUGGCCCGCAGGAAGGAGAAGGAGAAGGAGAAGGAGAAGGAGAAGGAGAAGGAGAAGGCAGAUCCUGCCCUGGAGAACAGGAUGGAAACCAGAGGCACCACGGCCAGCACUGGCUCCCUUCCAGCAGCAGCAGCAGCAGCAGCAGCAGCAGCCACGUCCUCGCUGGGUUUGUUGGGAGCCUACUCGGACAGCGAGGACAGCGCCAGCGACUGAGGGGACAGCGGGGACGGGGCAGGGACGGGGCAGGGACGGGGCUGUCCCCGCUCCUGCUGCUCUGGAAGCGCCCCCAGGGGCCCGGGGGGUCCCGGCCACCGCUGUUGUCACCUCCGGCCAUGCAGCAGCAGCAG